UUGACUUCAAAUUCAAUUACUGAUAGCCUUCGUUCAGUAUUGGACGCAUGCAAUCUACAUACAUCAGCUCCACAAUGAGAAUAAUCUACGUCAUAGCCCUGGAAACAGUUUUAGUGACGCUAAGCCAACAGCGGGCAACCCAACAUUCAACUGCCUGCAAGCCCUGCCUCUGUAAACAACGCUAUGCUGACUGCUCAAGCAGGAUUCUCACAGCUGUUCCUCAGCAUUUGCCAACUAAUAUUACACAUCUCAGUCUGAGGAAUAAUUCACUGGAGGAAAUUAAAAAUGGGAGUUUCAUCCACUAUCCUGGCUUGACUGACCUGAAUUUGGAGGACAACAAACUAAGUCUCUCUUCAAAUGUUUACAGUCCUUGUGCGUUUUGUGGACUGGUACAGCUACGUGUUCUCAGACUCAGCGGCAACUUUGAUUCUGCCUUAAAUACACCAUUAAACUAUUCCUAUCCUGACAAAUCGUUGAGACAACUGAAAUCAUUGGAAGAGCUGUACAUUGAUGGAAUACCCAAAACCCCGAUGGGAACUGCCUUCAGAGAGCUGACAAAUCUGACCUCACUGAUAUAUACGGGUCACUGUAACCUGUUGUAUAUACAAGAAAACAUGUUUGUCACUACACCGAAUCUUAAAUUACUGAACUUAUCAAGGUGUCACAUUAACGACAUCCACAGGAACGCGUUUUCUCCACUGAAGAACAUUCACACCAUAGAUGUAUCCGGAAACACUGGUUUGGGUCUUUCAAACGCAACCAAUUCUGCUUAUGGGAUGAUUGGGACUAAAAUAAAAGUUUUCAAGAUGAACCAAGUUGUUCCGCCCUUCACGAUUGGCGUGGUUGCAAAAAAAACAUCUUUCAAAUAUUUGAGAAACACAUCAAUUCAAGAGCUUCAUGCUGGACACAAUUUCAUAGAGAUAUUGGAGGGAGGUAUUUUUGACUUUUACCCCCCAACACUAGCGCGAGUGUCAAUUGUAGACAAUCGUUUCACUGUUGGUGUUUAUGUAUAUGAUAUUAUGAAACUAAAAGGGUUAAAGAGUAUAGAUAUGAGCGACAUGAGCAUUUCUCAUCAUUUUUUUAGGAAGUUCUCAAAACAACAACGUCGGAAUCAAUACACUGAUCAGGUGUUUUUUGGUCCUCCUGAUCUUGAAAAUUUUACUGCCAGAAACUACCAAAUGAACUCAGUUAUUUCCAGCAUUCACAUCAAAUUACCUAAUAUCAACUCAAUUGAUAUUUCCAAUAACGUUAUAACAAAAUGGAAAGGUCCCAUUAAAGGUUUAAAAUCUCUUAAACGUGCAGAUUUGUCAUACAAUUUCUGUUCUUACAUAGAAAAACGCUUCUUUUCUGAGUGGCCGAAUUUAACGUUUUUAAACAUUUCAAAUAAUUUGAUAGGUGAUGCUCUACGUACACUCGGAAAGGAUAGUGGGACCAUCUUUCAAAACUUGACAAAUAUUGAAACCCUUGAUCUUUCAGGAAAUAGAAUCCGUUUCCUUCAUCAACACAUAUUUCAAACCAAUACAAAACUAAGUCAUUUAGAUCUCAGCAACAAUGAACUUAGAGACUGGGAACCUGAUAUCAGACAGUUGAAAAACCUUAAUUAUUUGGAUCUUAACCAAAAUCAACUCCGGACACUUGGUUUUACCUUUCGUGAAUCUUUGGGAACACUUUCAAAGAAUCCUACUUUAGAUAUUUCCCAAAACCCACUCUCAUGUACCUGUGAAAAUCUGGAGUUCCUCAAUUGGCUAUUUCAACAUGCAAUGUAUUUAAAAAAUUUGAGUAAUUAUACAUGUGUUCAUCCAAUGAAUACACCAAUCCCCUUGACUGAAGAAGAAGUAGAUGGUUUACAAAGACAAUGUAAGCCACUUUUUGGAAUUAUAACCAGUUGUCUUGUUGGUAUAACAUUUACCCUGUCGUUCUCUGUCAUGGCCCUGGUGUACAGAUAUAGGUGGAAGCUGAGGUAUCUCUAUUACGUAGCCAGAGAUCGUUAUCGCCCUGUGGGAGGUGGUGUGGGAGGGGAACUAGAGUAUGAUUUCGAUGCCUUUGUGUCUUGUUCUGAUGAGGACUUGGAUUUCGUGGGCAAGUUGGUUUGUCAGCUGGAGGGACAGGGCAGGCGGCUAUGUAUUCAUCACAGAGACUUUAAACCCGGAGAACCAAUCGCAUCAAACAUUGUCAAAGCUGUGCAGACGAGUAGACGAACACUCAUCAUACUUUCUCCGAACUUCCUGUCAAGCACAUGGUGUCGAUAUGAAUUUGAGAUGGCGAAAAUGGAAGGUGUUUAUGAAGCCAGAAGCGUCAUCCUUGUUGUGAAGAUCGGUGAGGUUGAAGCAGAGUCUGUUCCUCGUGAGCUUCUGUACAUGAUGAAGACGGACUCCUACACAGAGUAUCCGGAAAAUGCUGUGGAUCAGGCCACAUUCUGGAUAGCACUGAAUGAAGCCCUCGAGGACUAGGAAGACUAAAACGGAAUCGGUUUCGGUGGAUAAUCGAGACUGGCUUUGAUAUUUUCAAGAGGAUGAAAAUGAAGUAAUAUGAAUUCAGAUUGAUGGUUAAAUAGGUGAUGUUAAUAAAGCGACAGAACCCUUUCCAUAUCCAAUAGAAACUCUGCAUAAAGCAGAGUCGAUUUGCAGAAAACCUUGUUCAUAGAGUUGAACAUCUCAAUAUGACGCCAAAGAUGAAGAUUGUAUAGGUGUACAGUGAAAGUUUUGUUGAGGGCUGUGAGAAUAAGGACACAUUUCUCCUCUUAUGCAAUUAUUGUACAAAUACGAGAGGCGUUCAAUAAGGUUUGCAACUUGAAUAUUAGACCAAGUCGCAGAACAUCUUUUGCACUUUUAUUUUUCAAUAUAAUCUCCAUUCACCUCAAUACACUUAUUCCAUUUGUCCUUCAAGCUUUUAAAACCACUUUUAUAGAAAUCCGCAGA